GAAUUGCAGCGUGGUCUGCCAUUAAUAUCAGUCUAGAAAAAAAACAAAAACCUUAUACCAAUCAUAUUAAAUCCAAAAUUCCAUUUUCACAUUCAAACUAACCGAAUCACACACCUCAAUAAAUACAUCAACAUUAUGAAAAUUAGAAUGGGACCAAAAGUUUAAAUUAGAACUGUGGCAGAAAAACAGAGAACAAACAUCACAAAACUCACAACCACAACAAUGACGGUAACGAAGCGACCGAUCUACGCCGCCACUAAAUGGCUUCGCCGGCAACCGCCCAAAAUAAAGCUAUUUCUCGCGGUUCUCGCCGGACUUAUAGCUCUGCUUUUUCUUCGCAUGGUUGUUGAAGACCACGACAACCUCUUCAUAGCGGCUGAGCUUGUGCAUGCAGUGGGAAUUUGCCUCCUCAUUUACAAACUCGCUCAGGAAAAAACAUGCGCCGGACUCUCACUUAAAUCACAGGAACUCACAGCUAUUUUUCUAGCUGUCAGACUAUACUGCAGUUUUGUCAUGGAAUACGAUAUACAUACCUUACUCGAUUCUGCAACAUUGGCGACGACCCUCUGGGUUAUUUAUAUGAUACGUUUUAAACUGAAAUCCAGUUAUAUGGAUGAUAAGGACAAUCUUGCAAUAUACUAUGUGGUGGUACCGUGUGCUGUGCUGUCUUUGCUCAUUCAUCCAAAAACCCAGCAUCUUGCUAUCAACCAGAUUUUAUGGGCUUUUUGUGUUUAUCUUGAAGCUGUAUCAGUUCUACCUCAAUUGCAAGUCAUGCAGAACACUAAGAUUGUGGAACCAUUCACAGCACACUAUGUUUUUGCCCUUGGAAUUGCAAGGUUCUUGAGUUGUGCACAUUGGGUCCUCCAGGUAAUAGAUUCUCGCGGUCAACUACUAACUGCUUUGGGUUAUGGAUUGUGGCCUUCUUUGGUACUUGUAUCAGAAAUUAUCCAAACCUUCAUCCUGGCAGAUUUCUGCUACUACUACAUCAAGAGCCUUGUUGGGGGACAACUUGUUGUUCGGCUUCCUUCUGGAGUUGUGUAAUUUUAACAUUCAUUUUUCAGUUCCUUCAAGUUGGAUUCUCCCUUUGAUGCGUUUUCGAUGACCUUAACAGAGCUCAGAAUGUAAUCUAUAUGUAAUUUAAUGUGAGUUAAUUUAUUCUCAUAUUUCUUUUCUCUAUGAUCACUUUUUCAUCUUUAAAAAAAAAACAUACAAGGCUAUUUGAGACGAUUCCUCUUAGUCCACAAUCUUGAAAUAAAAGAGAAUUGUUCUUGUUGA